UAGUUCCUUUUAGUCGCACCGGCGGCGGCGGUGGCGGUGGCGGUGGUGGUGGUGUCGCUGCUGCUGCUGCUGUUGGCUCCACUCUGGCCUUUGUCUGCGUGUGCGCACCACUGCGUGUGUCUUGUUUGUUUGUGUUUGCUAUAUUUCCUCAGGUACCCAGUAACAGCACAUGGAAGAACUAUCUGAAGAGGUCUGGAUACAGAUACUACAACAGGAGUGGACAUGUUUGGAUUUCCAACAGCUACCCUGCUGGACUGUCAUGGAAGAUAUGCCCAGAAUGUAGCAUUUUUCAAUGUGAUGACAGAAGCACACCACAAAUAUGAUCACUCUGAGGCCACAACAUCUUCAAGCUGGGAUUUCCAGAAUUCUUUCAGAAGAGAAAGGCUGGAACAAAAAUCCUCAGAUUCUAAGACACUACAGGAAGAUUCACCUGGAGUGAGACAAAGGGUCUACGAGUGCCAGGAAUGUGGAAAAUCCUUCAGGCAGAAAGGUAGUCUAACAUUACAUGAAAGAAUCCACACUGGUCUAAAGCCCUUUGAGUGCACUCAUUGUGGGAAAAGCUUUAGGGCCAAAGGCAAUCUUGUGACACAUCAACGAAUACAUACAGGAGAGAAACCCUAUGAGUGCAAGGAGUGUGGAAAAAGCUUUAGUCAGAGGGGUAGUCUGGCUGUUCAUGAGAGACUUCAUACCGGACAGAAACCCUAUGAGUGUGCUAUUUGUCAGAGAAGCUUCAGGAACCAAAGUAACCUUGCGGUUCAUAGAAGAGUUCACAGUGGUGAGAAACCCUAUAGAUGUGAUCAGUGUGGAAAAGCCUUCAGCCAGAAAGGAAGCUUAAUUGUACAUAUCCGGGUCCACACAGGCUUGAAACCGUAUGCCUGUGCACAGUGCAGAAAGAGUUUCCACACCAGGGGGAAUUGUGUCCUACAUGGAAAGGUUCACACAGGAGAGGCACCCUAUCUGUGUGUUCAAUGUGGGAAAAGCUUCACUCAGAGAGGGAGUCUGGCUGUUCACCAACGAAGCUGCUCUCAAAGGCUCACCCUCUAAUAACUUUCUUCAAAGGAGAUUUUCUUUAUGAGUUAAAGAUUACUAACUUCUUUGAGAUGAGAUGAAGACAAUUGUCCAAUCAGAAAGAAUGGAAAGACUAUCAUUGGUUAAGACAAACUGACUCUUCCCUUUCCCCCAAAA